GGGCUCCGGACUCCGGGUCAGUGUGUGCGAGGAAGAUGGACGAGGAGGCUGCCGCUCCGGUCGGGCCUCGAACCGUGGACCCCGAACCCAAAACCCAGUCCUCCACCCACCGCGAGCGGGAACAGUGGUCCAAACAGAUCGAGUUCGUUUUGUCUGGCAUCGGAUUCGCAGUUGGAUUAGGCAACAUUUGGAGGUUUCCUUACCUCUGUUAUAAAAAUGGAGGAGGUGCUUUUCUAAUCCCGUACUUCAUUUGUAUGAUUACCGGUGGCAUCCCAAUCUUCUUCCUUGAGAUUGGAUUGGGCCAGUUUAUGAGUGAAGGUGGCAUAACAGCCUGGAAUAUUUGCCCUCUCUUCAGAGGGAUCGGCUACGGGACGACAAUAAUCUGCUUCCUGCUCAACAUCUACUACAUCGUGAUCUUGGCGUGGGCGGCCCAUUUUUUCUACAACUCGUUCACUCUCACGCUCCCGUGGUCGUCCUGCGACAAUUGGUGGAACACGCGCCAUUGCUUUCUCGCCGGUGUCCACAACAAAUCCUCUCGGACUAGCGCCUCAGUCGAUGCUGUCACCGAAUACUGGGAGAGGAGAGUACUAGGCCUCAGCACCGGCAUUGAUGACGUAGGCGGAAUACAAUGGGAAUUAGCCCUAUCCUUAUUUGUAGUAUGGAUAGCCAUUUAUUUCUGCGUUUGGAAAGGGAUUCAGACCUCCGGCAAAGUCGUUUACUUUACUGCUAUUUUUCCAUAUAUCAUGCUCACAGCAUUACUUAUAAGAGGAGUGACAUUAGACGGUGCUCUGGAAGGUAUCGAAUUUUACUUAAAACCCGACUUUUCUAAGCUAACUCACGCCCAGGUGUGGAUUGACGCUGGUACUCAAAUUUUCUUCUCCUACGCUAUAGCUCUGGGCUGCAUGAUUGCGUUGGGCUCGUACAAUCGAUUCCACAAUGACUUCAUAAAAGACUGCUUGUUCAUUGCCGUAACUAACAGCGCAACGAGUUUGUACUCCGGAUUUGCUGUGUUCAGCGUCCUCGGAUUUAUGGCUCAACAGCAUGGAGUCCCAAUCGCAGAGGUGGCUGAGUCAGGUCCUGGACUGGUGUUCAUCGCCUACCCGAAGGCAGUGACCCAAAUGCAGGGAGCCCCGGUGUGGUCGGCUCUGUUCUUCUUCAUGAUAAUCCUCAUGGGGAUCGACUCGCAGUUCGUCGGGGUCGAGGGCUUCGUCACGGCCGUCGUGGACCUCUUCCCUGGCUUCCUCCGCAAGGGCAAGCGUCGAGAAGUCUUCAUCGCCCUUGUCAGUCUUCUCAGCUUCCUCAUCGGCCUUACCAUGGUCACCAAGGGAGGAAUGUACGUGUUCCAAGUAUUUGAUUACUACUCUGCAAGCGGCAUGGUGCUGUUAUGGUUUUGCUUUUUCGAGGCGGUUGCCAUGGCUUACUUUUACGGAGUUGAUAAUUUCCUGGCGAAUAUCAAAGAAAUGGUCGGCUACAGGCUCAUACCAUGGUUCAAGCUUUGUUGGCUCGUGUUCACGCCUGCUCUUACAAUGGGGAUCUUCUUGUUUUCUGUAUUCUCGGCGUUGCCUCUCACAUACAAUCGCACAUACAUCUAUCCAACUUGGGCAAUGGUCAUCGGAUGGUUUAUGGCUUUGGUGCCUAUGUCAGCGAUACCUCUUUAUUUCUUCUAUUACCUAUUCUCCCAACCAGGAUCCUUGAAAGAGAAAUUCAAAAAAGCACGACAACCAGUCAAUAUGAAAUCUCGCCACUAAACAGAAAGGCUCCUAUAAUUGGAGGAGAAACUGCACAGAAUUGUGUUUGUCACUUAACUUCCUCAAUUUUCCUCACAUGAAGAUUAUUUGUUGAUAGUUCUGUUGUUUUUAAUGUUUAAGAUGUUUGUUUUUAUACCUCUCAAAAGAAUACUUACAUAAAAAUGUAAUAAAUUAUUGACUUUAAGUUUAA